AUAGGCUUCAUCAGCAUUGUGUGAACUUGUUUGGCAAAGGCUUGAAUGUAACGGAGGUUUAUUGGAAUGUAAAAAUUCCACAGUGCAGGUUUAAAUGUCAAAGGGUCAUACACAGGCAAAGAAAGAUGUGCAAGGUGAGGAAGUAAUCAUGCAUUUGGAAAGUGUUGGAAAGAUGUACCAGUUAAAUGCAAUUGUGGAGGAGAUCAGAGUGCAGCUUUUGGUGGACGUGCGUUACAAAAACAUGAGAGAAAAGUCCAAAAAUUUUAAAUACUAAACAAAGUCUCAUAUGCAGAGGCUGUUAAGAGGGAACAGAUGGAAACAGCACUGAAAGGAAUAACAAGUAAAACAGUAAUGAUCCUCCAAUUACAGGAAAGAGACAGAUUCAUCUGAUAAGCCUCCCACUGGUUCAGGGUACCAAGGGAACCAUGUUAGCAGAUUAAAUAAAUUUUGUUGCAUUCAUAUGUAAAGUGGUUUAUAUUUGAUAAGAACAAAAUAACAGGAAUGAGAGAAUUGAAACAAUUUUGGAAGCAACAAAAGAGUACCUUGGGAGUCUCAAGUACAGAGUGUAAAAUGAUACAAGAAAUUAUUAGUCCUUUCACAUAUGAUUUGUCUAGUGAUUAAACUAGUUAUGGUACUUGACAUCUUUCAGUGGAAUGCCAGAAGUUUAAUGGCAAAUGGACAAGAGUUUAAGAAGGUCAUAAAGGGUUUAAAUGACAAACCAGAUAUAAUAUGCAUUCAAAAAACAUGGCUGAGACCACAUCUAGAUUUUGUUAUGGCAGGAUACAAUUCAGUCAGACAUAAAAGAGCAAAUAAUCAAAGGGAGUGGCUGUCUCACAUUUAUUAAAGAUAAUUUAGUACACAGAAGAAUAAAUCCUUCAGGUGAACAUGAAUGCGCAGUUGUUGAGGUAUACAGAACACACGGAUCAAUCAAAAUUAUUCAUUACUACCAUCCAUGUCAUACUUUAACUGCAGAAGUGUUUGAUGAAAUACUGGGAGAGGAAAGUCAAAGAAAAGUUUGGAGAAGUGAUUUCAAUGCACACAAUAGUUAAUGGGAAAGUGAUCAUACUGAUAAUAAUGGUGCAGUGACUGAAGAAAUGAUGGACACAAUAAAUCUUUUAUGUAUAAACAAUUAUGGAGGAACAAGAUUAGAUAUUAACAGGAACAAGAUGUCAUGUAUUGAUAUAUUGUUGGUUUCUGCAAAUAUGGCUAGCCUAUGUGGAUGAAAAAUAGGCAAUGAUAGCAUGGGUCGUGACCAUUUUCCCCAUUAUACAUAUUAUAAAUAUUGAUCAAUGUAUGCAAGGAAGUGCUCCUGUAUACAGAUGGUGCUUUCAAAAGGCCCAAUGGCACAAAUUUAAAGAAUGCUGCCUGGGAUUAGCUAACAAUAUUAAAAUUAAUGGUAAUGUGCAUGAAUGUACAAGUGAAAGUACACAUAUGAUAACUGAAGCUGCCUCAAAAAGUAUUUACCUAAACCUGUGAUAACAGGGAAUAAGAGAAUUGUGCCAUUGUAGAAUGAUGAGUGUAGCUUGGCUAUUAAAGAAAGAAAUAGUGCUCUCCAAAACCUCAAAAACAACCUGAAUUUGGAUUAAAAAAAAAGAGAACCUUAGCAUGCAAAAUUAUUAAAACAGCUAAAAGGAAUACUUGGAGACAGUUUUGUCCUUCUAUUGGAAGAGAGAGAGAGAUGCGGGUCAUGUAUGGAAUAUGGUGAAAAAGAGCGAUAAAAUACCAGUACUUACAGAUGGAGACAAUUUAGCAAUAACAGCUCAGGUCUGGAUAUGGAUUUUACUUGAGGGAAAUGAGAAGGGCAUUAGAGGGCGACAGGUAUUCUGUUCUGGGACAAGAUCAAUUGAACUGUGCUAUGUUCAGACAAUUACCAGAAUGAGCAUUAGAAAUAGAGUUGAAACUUUACAAUAAGAUAUGGAGAGAGGGAAGAUUACCAUUUAAGUGGAAGAUGACAUUAAUUUUACCAUUUGUUAAACCAGGAAAUGAUUCAGCAAAUGCUGAAAACUACAGACCAAUAGCACUAACUUCCCACUUGUGUAAGUGGAGAUGGUGAUGAUGAUUACAGGUUAUCAUAUUUCUUAGGAAGAGGAAGUUUAUUCAACGAGUACCAGAGUGGCUUUAAGAAAGGAGGAUCCACAGCAGAUGCUCUGCAAUGAAAUAUGAAGGAAGUAAUGGCUAUAGUUUUCUUUGACAUUGAGAAAGCUUAUGAUUUCAUAUGGAGAGAAGGUCUUUUAAUUAAAAUGAACAAGCUUGGCAUAGGUGGAAAGUUAUAUAACUGGAUCAUAGAUUUUCUAUCAAGUAGAACAUUUCAAGUUAUAGUAGGAUCAGAAAUCUCACAAAGUUUUGACAUUAUAAUCGAGAUACCCAAAGGUAGAGUCAUCAGUUCAAUUCUAUUUAAUAUCAUCACUAAUGGUAUCUUUGCAAAUACCGCAAUAAGUAGCUAUACAGUCAUCGUUGUAAACAGAUGAUCUAGAAAAGGGGAAUUCUCAUGCACUGAAAGUUAUACAGAAAGCAAUAGUCAGAGUAGAGAGAUGGUCUUAUGAUUGGGGAUUUGAAAUUUCAGUAGCAAAGUCAUGCUAUAUGCUGGUCACUAAAAAAAAACAGGUCAUGAGCAGGGGUUAACACUAUAGUCUAUAGCAAGCCUUGUGGAAAGAGUUAGAGUAUUUAAAUAUCUUUGUUUAUAUAUUGAUGAAAAAUACAAAUGGAAGAAUCAUAUUGAAAAUAUUGAGACCAAAUGUAAAAAGGUGUUAAAUUUAACAAGGUGUGAGGUCUGAUUUGAAUGGGAAGCUGACAAAGAAGCAUUAUUACACAUAUACAGGGCUUUGAUAAGAGCCAUUUUGGAUUAUGGUUGCAUGGUGUGUGAAGCAGCAGCAAAAACUCAACUAGAAAACUUAGACAGGAUACAUUACAGAGCAUUCGGACUUAGUUUGGGAGCAGUCAAAACCACGCCCAUUAAUGCAUUGCCCCUUGAAUUCAGUGAACUGCCAUUGCAUUUGAGGAGAACUAAGUUAUUGCUGGAUAAGAAUUCAGGGAGAAGGAAAUGGAAAUUUAGCAUCAGCUGUUCUGCUGUUGGGAGUACACAACAUUUUCUGGUAAAGGUUAUGCGAGGGACAUUAGCAAGAAAGUAAAUCAGCACAAAUUAGAUAAUAUACAACACAGUCCAGCAGUUAUAAGGAGCAGCAUUUCCCCCGUGGAUAUUUCCACAACUUAAAGUACAUCUUCAAAUAUUAGAGAAGAGGAGAGUGGAGAGAGAGGAGUAACAACAUUCGGUAUUUGGUUCAAGGAUAUUUGAACAAGAGCUACUAUAAUUAUCUAAAUAUUUUUCCAGAUGGAUCAAAACACUCAAAUAAUAAACACAUAGCAGUGGGUAUAUACAUUCCAGAGUUUGACAAAGGAAUUAAGACAAUGCAAUUUCAGAUAUCUACAAGUAAAAUUAUGACUAGAAAUAAUGCAAUUGCAGAUAUCCACAACGGCAAAAAUGACAUAAUUUGUCCUAGGAUGAAUGACAUUGUGGAUAUCUGAAAUGACAAUAAUGGAUAGGAAGAAUGUCAUUGUGGAUACCUGAAAUGUUAAUUUUGACUAGGAAGAAUUGAAUUACAGAUAUCUGCAAUACAUACCCAGUCUAGCUAUUAGAUGUGAAAAUUGACUAAUUUAGUACAGUCAAAGUUGUAGAUAUCCAAAUACAAUUUCUACCAGUAAUAAUGUUAUUCUGGAUAUCUUUAAUUACCAUUCAGUGAGAAUACAAUUUUGACAAGGAGAAAUGCUAUUAUGGAUAUCUAAAAUGUAAAUACAGAUAGAAGUGUGGUUCGGUUAAAUGUUAAAACGCCUUGCCAUUGGCUCCCGUUUUGAACUGAAGCCUCGACUUUGCAUUUUGACCGUCGUCAUCUUGGGCCUUUUGGAGCCAGAAGUGACCAUAUUUGGGCGACAGGGUGGAGCUGAUCAUAAUGCUAGCUGCUAGCUUGGUUAGCAUGGUGCAUUUACAGUCUAUGGUUAACUGUGAAAAUGCUAAUGCUAAUUUUCGCUAGCGAAAAACAGGCUUAAAACCAACAAAAAUGUACUUACCGGAAAAACUGAACAUCCGAUUCCGUCGAGGGUGUUUCAGUACAAUCAAACGCAUUACAACCAACAUCGUCGCCGCCGUGGUAGCGACUUGUCAAUCACAACAAGGCCACGCCCCAAAGCAUACUCCGCUUUAUCGUCUAUUUUACUCUAAAUGGGACUAUAAUUUACCAAAUGAACAUCAUAAUUUAUUGAAGAAGAUUUGAAGCCAGCGAUUGAGACGAUAAACAUUAGGAAAGGUAAUAAAGCAAGUGAGAAGUAGGGGCAUUUUCUCAUAGACUUCCAUACAGUCGGACUUCUUGGAGCCAGUGGAGUCACCCCCUGAUGGCCAUUACAGAGAAUGCAGGUUCAAGUCACUUCCGCAUUGGCUUCACUUUUCAGACUCGGAGGGUCGGAAGCGAGUGGAGCAAGGCCUGCAAGAGACAGGGGAUACACAAUUGGAGGUGUUUUUAUACCUGUGUCAGAAAGCUCUGACGACUUUCAAAACAACAUUUUGGCUCCUCUUCAAAGUGCGUACUUGUACGACGAGUCAAAGCAGUCUUUCAGAUACAAGUCCGCUGUCUUGAUUAAAAAUUCCGCACUGGAAGAAAAGUAUAAUGCCUUCCGAGCAAAGAGAAGAGAAAUAGGAUAUUCAGAGGAGGAUCUGGAAGAAAACUAUGGGUUUUUGCUCUUUGAUGAUAUCAACAAGGCUAAUGCACUUGGAGAAACUGGUGUGCUCACUGGAAACAGCACAUGUACAACUCUGGGAGAUCCCCUGAAGGGUGUGUACAUAUCAAUGUACUCUGACUGUCUGGAUCUGAAUCGCUGGUAUCAUGGGAAAUCAGGAUACAUUGCCAUCAUCAGGCUGACAAAGGGGAGAGUUAAAAAGGUUUUGGAGAACUACACCCAGAAUCUCACUGCACCCACCAGGGGGUUUGACUGCCACAUGUCUGAACAGUUGCCUUCAGUAUCUGCCAAAACCAGUUCUUUUCUUGCAUUUGAGAGAACCCAGUAUUACAUGUAUGAGCUGCUACAUGAUGGAAGCAAUGAAGCGGCCCAAUCUCCCAGCCUUGCCUGUCCAUUUGCUAUUGUAUCAUUUUCAUAUACAGACACCAAAGCAUCUCUUUUAGCACCUCAGGAGAAAAGUGAGGAGAAAAAACAGGUUUCUCACUACGUGCCUUGGAGAGGUCAACUUCAAAUAGGCACCCAGUUCUAUGAUGUUGGUCUGAGGUCUACAGCAGGGGCUAUGAUCCCUGCAAAACUGCCACCAGUGGUGAAAGUUGACCGAGCCAUUUCCAUGUCAGAUCUGAGACGGUUCUUGCCGAGGGCUGUCUUUGAAACCUGCUUCUCUGGUGAAGUCUUUCUGGAUAGCUUAUACUGCAUCCUGUUUGAGUUGGUUUCUUCUGUGGUGGAAGAAACAAGCUCACUAUCUGUGCUUCUUCAGGAGAUAAAGGAGAAAGAUCUGGCUCUCACUAUUCCGCUGAAUGAUGGUGGUUUUCUCAUCCUCUUGCACUCCUCCCACUUCCUCACAUAUGAUGAUACUGGAUCCAGUGCAGCUGAGGUACUGCAAGGCUUGUUUGUGUUUCCAGACUCACGAGUUAUACAGAGAGACACAAAAUUAGGACAGAAGAAGGCUUUCAUGUCAUCUGAAAUUCUUCGGGUUCUACCAGUACUGAGUUAUGCAGAGGGUGAAGUUGAGAAAAUACCCAUUGACUCAAGUGAAGAUCUGUGUGAUGUGUUGGCACAGCAUAUGCAGAGUUAUGCUGCACUGAUAAAUCCUGGGCUGGCAUUAAGUCCCUCCAGGGAAGCCAGCAUCUUCCCAGAUCAGUAUGAUGUUCCUGAUGCCCACAAACACCUCUACUCAUCCCCGGAGUGGACCAACAGAGCAUGGCAGAGCUUCAGGUCAUACCUGAACAAACCAGCCUCCUUUCAACUGCCGGUGUCCAAGGCCUCAGAAAUCCUGACAGCUGGACAAGAGGAGCGAAGAGAAGACCUUGAUGAUGAUGUGUACAUCUGUCUGUCAUCUCCUGAGGAGGUACCAGCCAGUCCUGUUAGCAUGGGGUCAGAAGACCAGUUAGCAGGCCAGAAAUCUCCAGCAAACAUUGAGCCAUCUGUGGACAGUUGUUUAACAAGUGCUGAAGCACAGGUUAACUUAACAGAUGUCUUUCAAGAUGUUGUACCAAAUGAUUUGCAAGCUGGAGAUGCAACCAAGGACACUGAAAAAUCUGACCUGACUGAGCUGAUCAAAACUGAUGAUAUGGGGGCAAAAACUAUCCUGACUCCCCCUACAUCAGAUGACCUACCAGCAGAGCUGAUUGUCAGCAUUACUUCGGCAGAGCGAACUGUCACUGAUGAGAGUCUGAGCGUGAUCAGUACUGUGUCAGCAACAAAGCAUAAUGACUUUCAGCUUCCUGCUUUUUCAACAGCCAAAUUACAAACGGCAGGAGUGAACACUCUGAAUGACGAGACUGUCAAAACUAAAAGUGUUUUGGAUUGCCCUCAGGUCACUAUUCCCACUAAAACACGACGGAGGAAACUACGCAGAGGACAUUCCAAAGCUCGUAAAAAGGCAUCUAAAGCACGUGUUGAGACUCCCAGUUUGCAAGCUGUCAAAAUACCAGAGGAGAUAGAUGACUUAAAGAGUCAGAAGGAUGACAAGGCCACGGAACCAUUAGGCCAAUCGCAGCUCAACGAACCUCCAAAAAUUGAUUGGAGAAAACUACCAAGACAUAAGCGCAAAUUUAUAAAACUAUCACCAAAACAUAGAAUGUUGCGAUCUGCUACUGUUGGUUUAGCAGUAGCAGUGGAGAAAGAAACUGACUCAGGAAAGCAGACAUUGGAUAGCACCAUUUUAAUGGAACUUGACACUUGUUCUCUGAGAAAGAAAACUGAGCGCUGGGACUUAAAGCCAGUUAUCAGUGAAUGUGGAAGAAUCUUGGUUCCUCAUGGCUCUGUAGAUUUUGCAGAUCAGAUUAAGUCUUUAAAGGAUAAACUUCAAUCUACGAAAGACGCACAGAUCCCAGAGGAAAUAUUGGUUGAUGUCCCGGCAAAUGCCCAUAACACAGUGGAAAUGGAACAAGAGUCAAGCAUUGCUCCAGAAACAGCAGUGGAUGAGACAGAGGUGACAAAAUCCAAGGAUGGAGGGAACCAUCUUCAAAACAUUGUCAGUCAUGUUAAUCCUGAACACAGCAUUUUGAGACAGUUAAAUGAUGGCAAUGGGUCAUUGACUUUGAAUUCAGAGAGUUCUGAGCUUUCUUCAAAGAAAGAUAGCAUAGAGACUCCCCCCUCAAAAGCUGCUCAAGAAAAACACACAGAUAGAAUCUCCCCUACAAAGGGUGAAUUUCUGUUGAGUAAACUUAAAUCAGUACUUUUGAGGGGAAAGAGAAAAACUGAUCUCAUUUCAGAUGAAAAGACUGCAGGUCUCCCCAAAGAACCUGAGCCUUGUCUUAAGAAGAGCAAAGGUGACUCAGACCGUGAGAUGUUGAAGAGUACGGAUACAAUUACAGGUGUCCAGACCACCAAUGUGGGAGUCAAGGAAGUUUCAAAGAUGCUGUCAGUUGACCCUCUUUUUGCGUAUGCCUUAGGCCUGACCCCUAAAGAGAGACCAGAUAAGGUAAAGAAAACUGAGGAGCAGGAUACUCAACUAAGGAAAGACACAUCAGAGACAAAAGAACAAACCAUUUCAGAAAAACAACCUCAAAUCAUACAAAGGCCUCCAUCAAUUUUCCCAAGGAGGGGCAGGAUUAAAACACUCAAAAAGCACCAAGACAUCCCUGCGGAAUAUAUUAAAAAGAAAUGGUGGUUGCAUUUUCAAACCCCAGCUUGUUAUACAAGUGAAAAACUCAAAAACAAAGAGUGUACUAGGGAUAAUUCUGUCAGGAAGACUGUUAAGGAAAAAAUGCACACUGCUUGCUCAUCUACAGAUGCUUUGAACUUACUUGCUGACUUGGCACUCGGUGCCAGUAAUGACCAGGUUCCACCACAACCAGAACCAGAACUUGAGAGAAAACCUGAGUCAAGUUUGAAGAAGUGUGGCCUUACAAAAGAUGUUACCUGUGCUGAACAAGAGUCAGUUCUUCAUGCUCUGCUUAGACAGUCUGCUGCUAGACCCAUUCAGCCUCUUGAGUCUCCUUCUCCAAGCCAUCUUGUGGGAGGCAGUGAGUUGGUUGGUUUGAUAUCUAAAGAACAUGCUUACUCAUUGCCCCCGUCUUCCUCUCUACUGUUGGGUUUACCAGGUACACCCUUCCAGGUAUCCCCUAUAAGUGGUUCUACUAGACUGCUGCACCAUCACCAAACAAUGUAUGGCAAUGGAAUUCAAACACUACAUCCCUCUGUUGGUCAGGAAGACAGAGAUGAACACAACCUCACGACUCCAAAAUCCCUAAAAAAACACAUGGUGUUCAGAAAGUUCAGAAACUCCCGUACCUUUGUUCAGAAGGAUGGAUCUCUUGAAGUCACAAGGCAAUGGAAAGAAAACUAUGACUUCAAUCUAGACAGCAAGUUUUCAACUGACUCAAAGCAUAGAGCUAUAAUCCGAGCCUUGCAUGGCCCGUGGGAUUUCUCCAUGCAAGACACCAAUGAAGAGUUGCGGCUCAUCGUCCACAUGUGGAUAGGUCUUUUUUAUAGCCGGUCAACAGCUAGGCUCUUUCACAUUGAGUCGAACUUUACACACCCAUGUUCAGAAGAGAGUGAUUCUUUGGAAAUAUCCAUGGGAACGGUAUCAGCCCCAGCUCAGUCUGAGCUUAAGGCCAAUUCAUUUGCUCCUUUACCAGUUCUAACAAACACUUCAGACCUUUCCGUUGAAAGUGCUUUGGAUCUCAGCAAAAAAGAUAUCUCUGUCGUGGAACAAGGAUCUGAGAUUUUGGACUUGUCACUGAGAAACUGCAAUGCAGAGAUUGUCACUUCAGAUCCUCGAGUCAACAGAAAGGAGACUUCUGUGUCGAGGGAACAGAAAGAAGCUAGUGAAACAUUGAACUUACUCAAGUCACCAGUGGGACUACAUGAGUGUCACAGAAAGAUGGUACUCUCUACAGAGAUUAUCAAUGUGGUGAAUGAUGUCAGAAGUACUCUUUUGGAAAACAUUGGCUGCCUGGAGCACACUUGUGUACCAUCCGGUAAAGGUGAUGAAAUAGUAAUUCCUGUACAAGAAGAGAUAGAAAAUGUAUCUGUUCAGCCAGAGGAUCAUGGGACUGGUUCAGGAAUUGGCCACAUGCUACAUGGAUCCAACAAUAAGAAGACGGAAAUGAAAGAUUGCAUUGAAAAAUCAGAAGUGACAGAGAUGAGUUCGGUGCAAAAACAUGAAAUGGAUUCAUCCAAAUCCAUGACAGACAAACAGGUGGACCACAACAAAGAAGCAGGUGAUGUGGUUUAUACAGUUGAGCAUGAUGAAAUGGAAUCUAAAGAUGGGGAAAAAUUGGAAGUGAAAGAGAACCCAUACCAAGAAGGCAACAUACAACCUUCCCCAAAGGUGGUGCAUACAGGUGAUGAUUCAACAAACAAAGAAUUAGGUACAGUCUGCAAUGGAAAUCUUUUGGAAGAUGAGAGCUUGUCAGCUACAGGGGAACCUAAAGCAGUCUCACCAGGCCAGGCUGAAAAUGUUAAUGAAGAUGAGGAUUGUUGUAUAGGACAUGAAGAUAAGGUGAUUGAAGAUGAAAAUUGCUUUGAAAAAGAAAAUGGACUGGAUGAGAAAAACGGUUGCAUUUCAGCAAAGGAGGAUGGCAGUGAUUUGAGUGACCAGCCAGUACCUAUGAUGUGUGACAGUCCUGAUUCAAUAAAGGAGAAUUGCAUUACAGAGUGUAAUCGCCAAGAACCACUGGAUGAGCAACCACCUCAAGCAGACAGCACAAAAGAUGUCUGCCAUGACUUGGAGUUGAGGAAGCUGUGUGCAAAUGGGAGUGCACUGACAGAUGAAAAUGCCAUUUCAGAUAAAGCUCCUGACACUCCAUCAGGCAUGGAUUCUAUUCAUAAUCAACCUGCAGUUGAGGCAAACUCAGAAACGUAUAUUUGCUCGGUAGAUAAGGCACAUAUCAAGAAGGCAGCAUUACUUAUGUCUGAUGAGAGCACCAUUUCAUUAGAAGGUUCUUAUGCAGAUGGGUCUAUUCCCCAGACAAAGGACAAUGUUGAAACAGGAAGGGAAGACAACUGGGAAGUGAAAGAAAACCCAUACCAAGAAGGCAACAUAGAACCUUCCCCAAAGGUGAUGCAUACAGGUGAUGAAUCAACAAACAAAGAAUCAGGUACAGUCUGCAAUGGAAAUCUUUUGGAAGAUGAGAGCCAGUUAGCUACAGAGGAACCUAAAGCACUCUCACCAGGCCAGGCUGAAAAUAUUAAUGAAGAUGAGGAUUGUUGUAAAGGACAUGACAAUGAAGUGAUUAAAGAUGAAAAUCGCUUUGAAAAAGACAAUGGACUGGAUGAGAAAGACCUUUGCAAUUCUGCUAAGGAGGAUGGCAGUGAUUUGAGUGACCAGCCAGUACCUAUGAUAUGUGACAGCCCUGAUUCAAUAAAGGAGGAUGGCAUUACAGAGUGUAAUCGCCAAGAACCACUGGAAGAGCAACCACCUCAAGCAGACAGCACAGAAAAUGUCUGCCAUGAUUUUGAGAUGAGGAAGCUGUGUGCAAAUGGCAGUGCCAUGACAGAUGAACAUGCCAAUUCAGAUAAAGCUCCUGACACUCCAUCAGGCAUGGAUCCUAUUCUUAGUGAACCUGCAGUUGAGGCAAAUUCUGAAACUUACAUUUGUUUGGUAGAUGAGGCACAUUUCAAGAAGGCAGCAUUAACCCUGUCUGAUGAGAGCACCUGUUCAUUAGAAGGUUCUUAUGCAGAUGAGUCUAUUCCCCAGACAAAGGACACUGUUGAAACAGUAAGCCAAAACGAAGUAAUGAAAAACUUAAGUUUUGGUCCAAGUAGUGAAGAUCAGGAUACCAAAUCUAUUGAGAGAGAGGAAAAGGCUGAUAGCACAACUCAGAAAGAACCAUUCCAUCAACAGUCUCCUUUACCUCAGUGUGCGGUUACACAAAAGUGUGAAGCUGAAGUGACAUUGACAGACGAAACAGAUUGGAAUAGAGACAGAUCAAAUGAGGGAUUGGCGAAUAUCCAUAGUGGGGUUAUAAUCCCAUUUAUUGGAAUAGACACAUCUGGAGAGGAUACUGUAGAACCACAUGUCUCACACCCACAAGUCAAGGUUGAAGAAGUCGUUAAAGGCCAGAGAGAAAUACCAUUUAUCACUGAUACUACCUUCCCUAAGGGCAUCCUACCCAUAGAGGUAUACAGUACAUCUAAAAUGUACAGUAAAGAGGCAGAACUAUCAGCUCACAAAAUCCCUCUUCUAGAUGUAAGUGAAACCAACCAGCCAGUGGUUUUGGGCAGUGAGUCUGACGACAGGUGCCCUACUCCAACUAUGGAUGAGAAACCAUAUAAGUACAUACCUUGUUCUGGCACAAGUAGUACUUCUGCUUUUAGUGGUAGUGAAACCUGCAAAAACCUAACACAGAAAUAUCUUAGCAGAAGCUCAACACCUGUAAAAGAUGAAAUGCCCGUUGAGCAAAAACGUCACACGUUUACAGUUAACAGUGAUCACAACCCUCCUCAUGGUCUUCAUCCUGACCUUGAACUAAGAACUCUAAGAGUUCUACAGAGUAUUGACAAGUUCCUCUCCAAAAGAAGACACACUGACAAAUCCAACCAGAAUGAAACAGAUGUCAUGAAACACUCUCAUGAUCAAACCCCUAACCCCAGCAGCAAGCAUAUCCCCACUUGUUUUGCCCCAAGCCACACUGCAGCUAAAGUUACAGACAAGAAAAUAAAGAAUACAAAGCCAGCAGUGGUGGCAGCGUCUACCUCACAAGAACUGAGUGCAGAAUCAUCAGAUCACUCGCUUAUAUCACCUUUCAAAAGUAAAUUAGAGGAAGUACUUGGUGUUAGGUUGCAGCUAAAGAAAACUGACUCAACAGUUCAUCAACAAUACUUUGAAAAAGUAGGUAAAUUACAGGAGACCUCCAUUGGGCAAGAUUGUCAUCCCUACAGAUCCCUUCCCUCUACUGAGUCUUUGCAAGCCAUUAAACCAAAUACUGACCAAGACAGACAUAAAAUAACAUCACAGACCCAAUUAACCCAUGAACCUCGUUCAUACAGUCAACGUCCUGUCAUGGCUGUGAAACCAUCAAAGAGUGAUGAAAGUCAAACAGAUUGCAUCAUUGAAGAACAAAUCGAAAACUCUUCAAAAAAUAAACUGGCUAAAAUUCCUGUUGUCACAUUCACCACAUCCACUCCCAUGCUCUUAGAGAGAAAGACAGAAAGUUGCAAGGGAUAUCCUGAAAGGCUAAAUUAUGAUAAGCAGGAGGCCAGUGAGCUUUUUUCCAAGAGUAGUUGGAUAUCAAAUGUUAAUGACAGUAAAUCUAACUCAGAUAAAGCAAAAUUAGCACUUCAAGAUCUUUCAUACCAGUACCAAGGAACAGGCAUUUCAAAAUUAAUCAAUAUUUCUUCAUUAUCUACCUCUAUGCAGUCUUUUGAGUCUGCAAAAAGUUCCUCUAAGCUUGUUGGUGGAAACCAACAUUUACUGACAUACAGUUCACUUGAGAAAGUCAGACAAACAACUAAAGAGAACAUUAACAUGGAUCAGAAAGCCUGCUCAAACGCAUUGGCUUCACUCAUGGAUUACAAAGAUGAUAGCAUAACAGAUGACAGUCUUGUUCUGGGACCUCAAAGCUCCCUUGCAUGUACAAUCUACAACACCAGCCAGGAAAGAUCAUAUUCUUUUCUGGAGCAACUUUCUCAAAGGUGCCUGCAGGAUGACCUCACUCAGGCAUCAAUGGAACAGGAGUGCCUUAUCUUCUCAGAACAAAUGAAACAGCUUUUGAAAAGGAGCAAGGGGGGACCCAUCUGCCAAGAGGACACACAUGACAAAUUAAAGUUUCCUUGCGUCACUCCUGUGACUGUGCACUUUUCUGGUCUGGAGGAGCAGGGGGAAACAGUGGAUCACUUGGACGCACCGUCACUUGUUGGACUAAAAAUCAUGGUAGACAUGUCUGACAGGAAAUCCCUGGCAGACACCACAGAGGAAGAAAAGACUUUGCAUCUUGAAAGAAUGUCUCAAGCAACUAGCAACCCACUGGAACAUGCUGGGGUUUCUGGUGUGACUGCAGAAUGCACCACACUGUACAAGGCAAUGAUGAAUAAUGUUUGUUCUGGCACAAAGGUCCUAUCUAGACCUAAGAGCUACCGAAUGGGUAGAAUUCACCCAAAGACUGAACCAAGUAACCAUUUUGACUUCUGUGGUCAAAUGAAGAGAAAGAUGGAUGAGAGCUUUCGAAGUAAUCUGAAUUCAGUUGUGAAGAAAUCCUGUAGAACAAAGUACAGAUUCUACAUAUUAGUGACAUCAGAUGAUGCUUUCUUUGAGGAGACCAAGGCACAGUUAGAGGCAGAGGGCCAUACUGCUGUACAGCCAUCUGAGUUCUUCCUUGGUGAGGAUAGUUCUUCAUCUCUUCUCAUCAUCCUCAGGAAUGAAGACAUUGCAGAGCACAUUUGUGAGGUUCCACAUUUGCUGGAGUUGAAGAAGUCACCAGGUGUGCAGUUUGCAGGAAUUGAUGAACCAGAUGAUGUUGUGAAUCUCACCCACCAGGAACUCUUCACAAGGGGUGGUUUUAUAGUGCUUGACAAAGCCGCACUGGAGCCCCUCAGCCUUUGCAACAUGAAAAAAAUGUCAGAAAUCUUGCAAGAGCUUAGCAAAACGGGGAAGUGGAAGUGGAUGUUGCACUACAGAGACAGCCGUCGUCUGAAGGAAAAUGCAAGGUUGAAUGCAGAGGCAAAGGAGAAGAAGCACUUCUUAAACUGGUGCCAAGAAGCUGGACUUCUCGAGGUCUUGCCUUACCACGAGUGUGAUCUUAUGUCAAAAGAUUGCCCCGACUAUCUCUCAUGUCUGGUCCGCUUGCAAGUCCAGAAUGUAUCAGCCAGAUAUCUUGUUUUUGUAACUGAUACAACAACAGACGAUGCAUUUGGGAGAAAUGGAAUUUUAACAAUGACUGUCAACUCUUUCCUGACAAACUCUCCAAGUGAAACAUUUACAGUCUGACCUGAAGAAAGUCAGAUGGACGAACUCAUGUUGUGUUAUUUCAAGUACACAACAAUCAAAAACUCUUUGGCCAGUAAGCCAGUAACUCACCAGUAGUGGUGAUUUCAAUCAUACUACAUUUACCAGCACAAGUCUUUUGUAUGCCGCAGUAAAUAACGCCUUAUAGUUAUGUUUUUUUAUGGUUAUGUUGUCCAUUUGUAAAAUAAGUUAUCAUUCAGCAUAUUGUAUUUUUAAAUUUGAAAUGUGAUUUCUAAAUUCUAUAUAUUUUGUCUUUCUCUACAAUCCUGACUUUAUAUAUUUGCUGCACAAUCAUUACUAAAGAUUUAACGUUUUUAGGUGAAACCUAGAUAGUUGUACCUGUUCAAGCCAAACUAGGCUAUUUUCAAGUGGUGUGUGUUAGAUAUUAAAAAUAUACUGUACACUGUUGAAGUUGUGGACAGAGUGUUGAACUACAGCACAACAAAUGCUAAAUAUGUUAAAGUUUGACAUUCACUUUGUACAGUGCAUUGACUGAGAAUAAACUGGUUUCUUUGA